GGAGAAGGAGGUAAGAUAUCGGACACCAAUCACACUCUCUCUCCCCUCCCCCCUAUUACUUUGGCACCAAGGCUAACCGAGGUAUUAAAUAGAGUGCCAAGGAAAGUAGAAUUACAGACGCAGAACCAGACUUCUUUGGGCGACGAGCAGUAUUAAAGAUGAACUUAUGGCUGACGCUCCUGAUGGCUGCGACGACCUUGCUCAUUGGCCAAGCAGCGGGGAAGCCAGCUGGUUGGUACCGCAGGCCGAACGGGGUCCAGAAGAACAGAUACGUUCAGAUGAGAAUCUUGGCCCAGAGAUACUUAGACUACCUUCAAUAUAUGGAAAGUCUCGGUCAUUACGGACACGAAUACGGACACGAAUACGAACAUGGACACGACCAUGGACAUGGACACGGUCAUGAGCUCGACCACGGAUCCGGACACGGCCACGCAAACGACCUCGACCACGGAUUCGGACAUGGUCAUGAACUCGAACACGGAUCCGAACACGGCCACGGACAGGAGCACGCACAUGGCCAUGACUGCGUACACAGCCACGGACAGGAGUCUAGUUAUUCAAGCCAUUAACGGAAAAUCUUGGCAGUAAGGUCGUUUUUACCUUCUCUAUCCCGUGUUACUUCAUCCUUCUGGUAUCUCUCUCACAACAGUCGUAUGUAUUUGUGUAUGUACAGUUGUAUUGGAUGCUUUACAAAUGACAUAUAAAAACUAUAAAAUCUGUCUAUCGUAUCUGGUGAUUUUUUUUCUCGAUAGAUAGAUUAGAUCCAUGAUUCUUAACCUUUAUUUAUUUUUUUAUUUUUUUAUUACUACCACGUCUCCUUCAAGAAUUUCUCUUUCCCUCUAACCCCCCCCCCCGU